AAGGAGGAAGAGCUUGGUGGGGGAGCAGGACCUUCCCGGGGUGCACUGGGAGUGGGGGCAAACAGUGGCUGUUUUAUAACUGGGAUCCUCGGUGACGUAUGGUCGCCUGCUCCUUGGCAGCUGUCUCUAUGGACCAGUAGGCAGAGCGAAAUUGACGCUGACAAGACUUUUGCAUUUUGGAUGGCACUGUAAUCUACUGUAGUGAAGAACAGAGCCUCUCAAUCAGGCGGGUGUAAAGAAGAGAGACGGAGGGGAGUCCAAAAGAAAAGGAAGAGGAGGGGGAAAAGUGUGUGUUGGGGGGAAGCAGGGAAAAGCAUUUUUGGUGGAUGGUAUGAAGCCAGCCAUGGAAACUGCAGCGGAGGAAAAUACUGAACAAAGCCAAGAGAGAAAAGUGAACAGCAGAGCUGAAAUGGAAAUUGGCAGGUACCACUGGAUGUACCCAGGCUCAAAGAACCAUCAGUACCGUCCCGUGCCAACCCUGGGGGACAGGGCUGGCCCCUUGAGCAGUCCAGGUUGCUUCGAAUGCUGCAUCAAGUGUCUGGGAGGAGUUCCCUAUGCUUCCCUGGUGGCCACCAUCCUGUGCUUCUCAGGAGUCGCUCUGUUCUGUGGCUGUGGGCAUGUGGCUCUCGCGGGCACCGUGGCGAUUCUUGAGCAACACUUCUCUACCAACACCAGUGACCAUGCCUUGCUGAGUGAAGUAAUCCAACUGAUGCAGUAUGUCAUCUAUGGAAUUGCAUCCUUCUUCUUCUUGUAUGGCAUCAUUCUGUUGGCAGAAGGCUUUUACACCACAAGUGCAGUGAAAGAGCUGCACGGUGAGUUUAAAACAACUGCCUGUGGCCGGUGCAUCAGUGGAAUGUUCGUUUUCCUCACGUAUGUGCUGGGAGUGGCCUGGCUGGGUGUGUUCGGCUUCUCUGCGGUGCCUGUGUUUAUGUUCUACAACAUAUGGUCAACUUGUGAAGUCAUCAAAUCCCCACAAACCAACGGGACCUCGGGUGUUGAGCAGAUCUGUGUGGAUGUCCGGCAAUAUGGUAUCAUUCCCUGGAAUGCUUUCCCAGGCAAAAUCUGUGGCUCUGCCCUGGAGAACAUCUGCAACACAAAUGAGUUCUACAUGUCCUAUCACCUGUUCAUUGUGGCUUGUGCUGGAGCUGGUGCCACCGUCAUUGCCCUGAUCCACUUCCUCAUGAUACUGUCUUCUAACUGGGCUUACUUAAAGGAUGCAAGCAAAAUGCAGGCUUACCAGGAUAUCAAAGCAAAGGAAGAACAGGAACUGCAAGAUAUCCAGUCUCGGUCAAAAGAACAACUCAAUUCUUACACUUAAGAGUGUUUGCCAGAGUGUGUCAGCCGACGAAUUUACAGCUCUGACAAAUCAUCAGACAGCUGCUCUGCAGUACAGAUGUGUAUCCCACCAAACUAAUGUAGACAUACCAACAUUUCACUGUCUGUCUCAAGCUGCUGGGGUGGAUCUCUAGGAAAACCUUCCAGUGGGCAAAUCAUUUUCUUAGAACAAAUAUUGGAGGUUUCAUGUUAGCCAUUUUAAAAGGCAACACUUUGACAGAAUGACCGUUCAUCCUUUGCAAAGUUGUGGCAUGUGCACUUAACUGCUAAAGCAGUUCUAAUACAGGCAAUGGAAUUACAUCAUGCUCCUUGAUAGUAUCAAAGAAUGUGAUUCUAGAUUUGCAUAUGCCACCUGUUCUCGAGUGUUAUCAAAAUAGAAUUGGUGUGAAGUUCAUUUCUGAUAGCUGACCUUUAUUAACCUUUGGCUCAUCAAAGAUGUGAUUAUUUCAAACCUGUAAAAAUUAGCAUCCCCAAGGUCUCACUCAUUCAUUUCCCAUGCCACUCAGAAAUCUAUCUGUUAGUAAUGCUAAAAUGAGCUGCAAUUACGCUAAAUUUAUCAGUGCAGAAGCUGGAUUCAGACUCGAGCUCUGCAAAAUCGGCUUUAUAUUAGCUCACAUGGCAACGAAAUGAUAGUGAUGAUGAUCACCAUUCUUGUUUAGAAACAAAUGUCAGCUCUGCCUUAAUAUUUGCUUUAAAUUUCCAAGAAUCUAUAUUGUAACCAGAGACCCAAAAUAGUCCUUCAUAGACUUCUGUUCCAUGAAUUUCUUUUUUUAAUUAAGAAGUGUUACCUUGUUAAAAUGACCACAGUUCUAAACCAUCUUAAGUGGUCUGGAUAAUGAGUUUACAGUUUCAUAUCAACUAUCUAAAACCUAACUGCAAAUUGACCACAGCCUCUGACCUCCUACUUUUAUAGACUUUAAUACGUAAGUAAUUUAAAUUAGGGUUGGUAUUUGUUUUCUUAUCUAAAUCUUAAUUUCCUGGAAUAAUAAUGUUUAAUGUUCAGCAAGAAAACUGCUUGAGUUUAAGCCAUUUUCAAAAGAAACUUGCCUUCUAACUCAUUGUAUUCCAGAACAUUAAGUGAUUAAUAGGUACUGGGUAUUAGUGAUGGUAAGCUUUGUGUUGUUUUUUUCUGGAAUGAUUCAUAUAACUGUGGGGUGCAUCAGUGCUUUUCAAAGGGGCUGCAUACUAUAGGGUUAACUAUGUAUAUUCAUGUUAAGAGUUACCUUGUGGUUUGGCUGUUUCCUGGAUUUUAAAAAAUAUACAUGUGCAGAAAUGUAUUCACAUGAAAGGAAGCAUACCUUUAUCAAGAUGCUAUUAAAAUCGAACAUCAACUAUCGUAUUUCAUUUGGAUUUUUUUCUUUUGGUCAAUGCCGAAAAAACGCCUAUUUGGAUUCUUUGUAAUUGGGAGAUGCUCUCUUCUGUGUAGAAAAGUUGUUCCAAGAUAGCUUAGUGUUUUGUUUUCCUGUUGCAUGACAGAAUUCAAUAUUUUUUCCAGCAGUGGAGGUGCUGUUAGAGUUCAGUGUUCUAGAAGAGGCAGUGUCUAAAAGCCUAAUUUUACUUUUCUAAUUCUGGUAGCUAUUGCCAAGAAUUUAUGAAAGUUUUGUUGAAGUAGUCUAAUAUUUUUUAUGUAAAGAGCAUUAAAUUUUGCUAUGUAUAAAUUUUUGUAACCUAACAGUGAAUCAAUAUUUUCUAUCAGUGCCAAGGGCUUCCUGUAGUUCUAUUCAAGUGUUACAAUAAAUAUUUGUAGAUAAUAGUCAAUACUUGUGUAUGCUUAUUUUAAAGAUCUAUUUAGGUGGAAAUAGUUGUGGAUGUACUAAAGAGUAAUGAAAUAAAAUUAUAGCUUCA